GGCGGCGACCAAUAGUUGGCGGACGGAGCGGAGGGGGCGGGGCUAGGAGCGCUGGGAAGCGGGCGCGGGGCGCGGCGCUCACUCCGCAACGCCGCUCGCUCCGCGCAGGGCCGGUCCCGCAGCGCCCGGGGGACGGUAACCAUGAGUGACCGAAAGGCCGUGAUCAAGAAUGCGGACAUGUCGGAAGAGAUGCAGCAAGACUCUGUGGAGUGUGCUACGCAGGCCCUCGAGAAAUACAACAUUGAGAAAGAUAUUGCAGCUCACAUAAAGAAGGAGUUUGACAAGAAAUACAAUCCCACUUGGCACUGCAUCGUGGGAAGGAACUUUGGAAGCUAUGUGACUCAUGAGACAAAGCACUUCAUCUACUUCUACCUUGGCCAAGUCGCUAUUCUUCUCUUCAAGUCUGGUUAGAACCGUGGACUGUUACUGAAACUUGGAUCUGGACUGCACACUAACUCCAAACAGCCUGCUACCUUCAGCCUUCCUGAGGAAGCAGACCUUGAUCUUCAGGUCUUUUGUUGUGUUGUUAAUAGUCAGGGAUUUUGCUGUAGCAGUUGGUAUUUUCAUUGUGGCUUUAAAAAAAAAAAAAAGUGAAAAGGUCUUCCUUGUAUUUAUUUUCUUUUAAAAGCCAGCUUCUUUGCUAAUAAAAGUGUUGGAGCAGUGUGGCCUUUAA